ACCAGCAGUACAUACUCAAGAAAACAUGCAAUACUUCUGUAGUCGAGGAUACAACUCUAUACAUGAAUGCGCGUGUUUCUCCAAUGUCCUUGAAGUACUAUGCAUUUUGUUUAAAAAACAAUCAUUACAAGGUGAGGCUUGACUUUGCUGAAAUAGGCUGGAAUACAACUAGAGAUCCUAGUCUGAAGAGAAAUAGAGUUUUUGAUAUAGAAAUCCAGGGCGAGAAAAAAGCAACAGAUUUCAAUAUUGAAAUAGCUGCAGGGGGUGUGGAUCGGAACGUGACCUUGGAAUAUAACAACAUUCUUGUUCAUGACAAUCGGUUGGUGAUUCAUUUGUAUUGGUCUGGAAAAGGUUCAACAUGGGUGCGAACAGUUUACUACGGUCCCCUAAUAUCAGCUAUUUCUGUAUCUCCUGUUCUUAAAAAGCAUCAGAAACUUUCUUCUGCGACUAUUGUUGGAAUUGUGGGAUCUUCGGUACUUGCUGUUUUAUUGAUCUUAGCUCUCUUCUGGAAGUUGGGCUGGCUUGGUGGAAAGACUACUAAAAAUGGAGAUCAAAAAAGUAUCGAGCUAUUCCCUGGAGGGGUUUUCAACUUCCAACAAAUAAAAGCAGCUACUAAGAAUUUUGAUCCUAAGAACAAGAUAGGUGAAGGAGGAUUUGGAGAGGUCUACAAGGGUGUGCUAGAAAGUGGGACUAGAGUAGCUGUAAAAAGGCUUUCAAAAAAAGCCAAACAAGGAGCUGAGGAAUUUAUAAAUGAAAUUGGUACUAAUUUUGCUUUGCAACACCCGAAUCUGGUGAGGGUAUUGGGAUCUUGUGCUGAACAAAGUCAACUUCUAAUUGUCUAUGAGUACAUGGAAAAUAAUUCUCUUGAACAGGCAUUGUUUGGUUCAGCAGAAAUCAAAUCCAGACUAAACUGGCUGAUAAGAGUUAAAAUUUGCCAUGAUGUUGCAAAGGGGUUGGCUUAUAUUCAUGAAGAAUCAAGACUUAAAAUUGUUCAUAGGGACAUAAAACCAACUAACAUACUUCUUGACAAGGAUUUUACUGCCAAGAUAUCAGACUUUGGAUUUGCCAAACACAGUGAAGACGAGAAUCCUCACAUUACCACACGGAUAGCAGGAUCAAGGGGAUACAUGUCACCUGAGUAUUUGCAAGGCUUCUUGACUCCUAAAGCAGAUGUCUACAGCUUUGGUCUUGUUACACUAGAAAUUGUUAGCGGGAAGCAAAUUUCAACUUUUAGGGCAAAGGAUCAGAAUAUUUACCUUUUGGAUAUAGCUUAUGAUUACCAGCAGCAGGGCAAUCUUAUAGCUCUUGUCGAUCCAAGCCUAGGAUCUGAUUAUACCCACAAGGAAGCGCUUAAUUUGUUGGAUUUAGCAAUGAAGUGCGUGAACCCAAGUCCCAAGCUUAGGCCUUCAAUGUCUGAAGUUGUGAAAAUUCUUGAAGGAAUUGUAAAAGUUGUACAAGCAAAAUGGAAAUCUAAGACUUCCUCUAUUGGAAACCCUUCUGUAGGGGAUGAUUCUCCAGUGGCCAAUCUCUUCUCUGGUUCUACUCAAUCAGCUGGGAGCACAUCCCAGGAAGGUGCUUCAGAUACAAUCAUUUGUCCUUCAACCAGCAAAGAAAUUGAUGACUCCAGCGACUUGGACGAUUAGCAUGCCAAGGCUGUAAACUAACCACGAAUUGCUACCACGGCAGUCUUUCCUUGAGCCUUGAUAAUUCUAAUUUUUGUGAAUGGCAGCAUUCAUCAUGCAUUAUUGCAUUGAAGUGUUUCUGCAGUUAGCAGAUUAUAGUAUUCAAGCUACUACACAAGCCUUCACAAAAGAU